AUGGAAGAGGAGUCAAGACUGGCAGACCACAUUAAAGAAAUGGCUCAGUUUGGCUAUGGUACCAGGAAAGAAGUUGUGAACCUGGCUAAUGAUUUUGUAAGAAGUUUGGGGAAACGUAACAGAGAUAACCCACUGACUCUGAGGUGGUACCAGGGAUUCAUGUCCAGGUGGGAGGAACUUCGUGUAGUAAAGCCAAGAGCCAUGGAGAUUCAGAGAGCAAAAGCAGGUAACAAAGAGACAGUAACUUCUUACUUCAAAGAACUGCAGGAAGUCAUACAUAAAAACAAUCUUCAGGAUAAGCCCCAUUUGAUAUUCAAUGUUGACGAAAAGGGGAUUCAGCAACAUCAUUCCCCACCAGCAGUAGUUGCUGGACGACACCUUAUUGUCCAAGAAGUAAUGUCCCAAAAGUCAUCCACCACCACAAUUUUAGGAUGUGGAAGCGCUGCGGGUACAGCAAUUCCACCAUACUUUGUUUUUGCAGGAGCAAGAAUGCUCCCAGAGUUUUUGACCGGAAAGUCUCCUGGGGCAGAUGGUACGGUAUCAGAGACUGGAUGGUCUAAUUCAACUAUAUUUCGAAAAUAUCUAGAGGAGCACUUUCUUAAGUAUGCACAAGGAAGGGGAGGAGAACCUAUCCUUUUACUUCUAGAUGGCCACAAAUCACAUGUCUCAGUAGGUUUGGUUGACUGGGCGAGGCAACACAACAUCAUCCUAUUUAUUCUACCUGCCCAUACCAGUCAUUUUUUGCAGCCUCUGGAUGUUGGAUGUUAUGGGCCCUUCCACAGGAUCUACAACAAUGAAUGUUACAAACAAACCAGGGCUUUGUCUUCUGUCAUCUCUAAGUAUGACAUAUGUUCAAUUGCAUGUAGAUCAUAUACAAAAGCACUUACUGUGGAAAAUCUACAGGCAGCUUUUAGAAAAACAGGAAUUUAUCCUUUAAAUGAGAAUGCAGUCAACAGGGAUUAUCUUCUUCCUUCUCAAGCAUUCCAACUUCAGCAAGAUGAAAUCCAGUCCCAAGAAGUGCAGACUACUGAAGAUGGAGACAGCGGGCGCAUUCCCCUCACACAGGGCCAAGAUACACCAACUAUAUAUGGCAGGGGACUUUUUCAGUGA